UUAUAGCGCUAUAAGAUCUUUGCUCCACUGUAGGAUCUUUGGGAACAAACUCCACGCGGCUCCAGACUGCUCCAGCGAUAAGGGCUCAUUAGCUCGGCAAUCUCCUGCGAUCUUUGGACUUGGUGGGGGAGAGACGUCGUUGUGGAGCCCGAGUCAGAUGACUGCUCCGCCCAUCCGCCAGUGUCGGUGUGUCGCCCACUAACCCAGCCGCGCUACACCAUGGCUCUGCAACUUUACCUCGACCUGAACUCGCAGCCCUGCCGCUCCGUCUACAUCUUCGCCAAGAAAAAUAACAUCGCCUUCGAAUUCAAGCAAGUGAGCCUGGCAGAAGGCCAACAAUACAGUGAGGAAUUUGAAAAAGUCAACCUGCUGAAACGGGUGCCAGCUCUGAAGGAUGGAAACUUCACAUUGGCAGAGAGUGUGGCCAUUCUGAAAUACCUGGCUGGCAAAUACAAGACCCCCGACCACUGGUACCCCGCCGACCUCCAGCAAAGGGCUCGUGUGGACGAAUAUCUCGCCUGGCAGCCCACAACCAUAAGGUUCCACGGAUCAAGGCUCUACAUGUUCAAGGGCUUGCUGCCCCUGCUAACCGGGCAGCCCAUUCCCGCAGACAAGAUGGACGAGGCUGUGAGCGAUCUGCAGGCAUCCAUCCGCUCCCUCGAAGACAAGUUUCUCCAAGACAAACCGUUCAUCGCCGGGCGCGAGGUGUCGCUGGCAGAUCUGGUGGCCAUCGUGGAGCUGAUGCAGCCUCUCGGUGCGGGAUUCGAUCCGUUCAAAGAUCGACCAAAGCUCAGUAGCUGGCGUGACAGAGUCGUGGCAGCCCUGGGCAAAGAGUUAUUCGAUGAGGCCAAUGAGAAGAUGCUGAAGAGCGCAGAAAAUUCAAGUAAUUUGGAUGUUAAGUCUCCCGCAAUGCAACGCCUCGCGAUAAGUCUGAAAAAAGCAUACUUGUGAUGGAGCCAGUCACCAGGCGGCUCCUGGAGUACCUGCUGGCGGUAACUUCACCAACAAGGUCAUAUGAUCGGAGCAUCAAGCUUACUCUGCCAUUCAAUCAUGGCUGAUCUAUCUCUCCCUCCUAACCCGAUUCUCUUACCUUCCCCCCAUAAGCC